AUGGCUAUGAAGAAACAAAACAAGGUGGCUCAAACGGCGAUGUUGAAGCAAAUCUUGAAGAAGUGUUCGAGUUUGGGUAAAAGGAUCGUAGACGACGAGAGCGGGCUCCCCGUGGACGUGCCCAAGGGGCACUUCGCAGUCUACGUGGGCGAGAAUAGGACGAGAUACAUCGUUCCCAUCUCGUUUUUGACCCACCCCGAGUUCCAAUGCCUCCUCAGACGAGCCGAGGAGGAAUUUGGGUUCGGGCACGAGAUGGGCCUCACUAUCCCUUGUGAGGAAGUGGUUUUCCAAUCCCUAACCUCUAUGCUUAGAUGA